AUGUCGUCCCAGCAAGCUGUGAUCAAGAACGCUGACAUGUCUGAGGACAUGCAGCAGGACGCCGUCGACUGCGCCAUGGCUGCCCUUGACCGCCACUCGAUCGAGAAGGACAUUGCUGCCCACAUCAAGAAGGAGGAUCUCUCCAUUCACAGCGACCGCAAGCACCACCCGACUUGGCACUGCAUCGUGGGCCGGAACUUUGGCUCGUACGUGACCCACGAGACCCGCGCGUUCAUCUACUUCUACCUCGGCCAGAUCGCGGUCCUCCUGUUCAAGUCGGGCUAA